AUGAGGCUUUCUUCAAUAAGUUCUAAUUGCGAGGAAUUGAAGAACUUCUCAAAUUGGGUGGUAAGUAUAGGUGAUAGUACUAAUAGCGACGAUAAUGAUGGGGUUAUGGCCAUUGAGAUACCUGAAGAUUUGCUCAGAAAAUCAUUAGGUAACCAGUUAACGUCUAUUGCUGAAGAAGCGUAUCCAAAUUUGCUCGCUAAUAUCAUGGAUUUUGAAUACUUACAACAACGAGUUAUAUUAGUACCCACACAAGAAAUCAUUGAGAAGGUUAAAGAUUCCAUGUUGUCUUUGGUUCCGAAAGAUGAAAUAGUCUAUCUUAGUUUCGAUAGUCCAUGUACGGCGAAUGAGAUUGUUAGACUCACAUCAUGA